AGAUGAUCAGGAAGUGAAGCAUACGAAAUAUUUUUAGGAGAAAAGGAACAUUUCAAAAAUCGUAGCAAAUCACCAAAAUAUAUGGGAAAUCAAGUAAGUUAUGAUGAAACAGACUCAAUACUGGUGGAGCCGUGGGGAGGCAAAGGUGGAUCAGAGUGGAAUUAUAAGCUGAAAAGUCCUAUUAAAGAAAUAGUUAUUGCUCAUGGAUCGAUUAUAGACUCCAUCAUGUUCAGAACCGUUACUAAAGAAAGUACCAUAGUUGAUUCACCAAAGUUUGGUGGCAAUGGGGGAGGUCGAAGAGACAAGGUUAAUAUUGAGGCGACCCCAUUGGAAUACUUGACAGGCAUAAAGGGUACAUUGGGACAUUAUGGCAGCAAUUUAGUUGUAAAAUCUCUAAGUUUUAUAACUAACGCAAAGAAUUAUGGACCAUUUGGGACUGAAGCCGGUGGAACUCCAUUUUCACUUGUGAUGAAAGAAGGUGGAGCUAUUGUUGGAUUUCACGGGCGUUCUGGGUUGUACCUUGAUGCUAUUGGUGUUUAUUUGCAGAAACUUACACCUCCCACUUCAACAAAGGAACCUGAAGCUGAAAAACUUGAGCCGAAUGAACCUAUGGUUGAAGAAAUUGAAAUCCAUGACAAAAUGGAUGUGAUGAAGACUAUAGUGCCACGAAGUGCUGGACCUUGGGGUGGAUAUAGUGGAAAAGGUUGGGACGAUGGAGUAUUUUGUACUAUCAAACAAGUGCACAUUUAUAUGAACUUGCAUAUCUCAGCUAUAUCAGGAAUUCAAAUUGAAUAUGAAAAGAAAGAUAAAACAUCAGUUUGGUCCCAACUUCAUGGUGGUCUUGGAGCUGGGAAUGAUACAAUAAGAAAGAUAAAUGUUGACGGUGAAAAUGAGUUAUUGAUUGGAAUUGAAGGAUUUUAUAGUCCGGUGGAUCAUAAUGGGGGCCUAGACGUAAUAAGACAGAUUGCAUUUUAUACAAAUAAAGAAAAAUAUGGACCCUAUGGAACUGAAAUUGGAACUUAUUUUGGCUCUUCAGCAGCUAGAGGAAAAAUCGUUGGUUUUCAUGGGAGAAGUGGUGUUUUCUUAAAUGCAAUUGGUGUUCAUAUGGAAUAUUUCUAAAAAGUGGACACUCACAAUCUAAGUGUAGAUGUUAACAAUUGUAAUCUUUCUUGUUGUCUAUAAAAUUUUAUAUAUUGGAGAAACUUAUUGUGGCUUCGAAA